GCUCUGAUCUGUACCACCUCACCUCCUUGACGACACGCUUCACUAACCACCUCAGCUCCAACCCGACACUCCUUUCGAUCAACACUCUUUACCACCAACUCUACCAACUUUCUCACGUACCGUUCCACACACACGACAAACAAUAGCAGCAAUGGCACCCAUAAAAACCGACAAGUACUCGGUCAUCAUCCCAACGUACAAUGAACGCAAGAACAUCCCAAUCAUCACCUGGCUGUUGAACCGAACCUUCACGGAGCACAACCUCGCAUGGGAGCUCAUCAUCGUCGACGACGCCUCACCGGACGGUACGCAAGACGUCGCGAAACAGCUAGUGAAUGUCUACGGCGCCGACAAGAUCCUGCUCAAGCCGCGCGCGGGCAAGCUCGGACUCGGAACCGCCUACGUCCAUGGCCUCCAAUUCGCGACCGGAAACUUCGUAAUCAUCAUGGACGCCGACUUCUCGCACCACCCUAAAUUCAUCGCACAAUUCAUCGCCCUCCAGAAAGCGCGGGACCUCGAUAUCGUGACGGGCACGCGGUAUGCCGGCGACGGCGGCGUCUACGGCUGGGACUUGAAGCGGAAGCUCGUGUCGCGUGGCGCGAACCUGUUCGCGACCGUCAUGCUCCAGCCCGGCGUGAGCGACCUGACGGGGUCCUUCAGACUGUACAAGAAGCAUGUCCUCGACCGUGUCAUCGCGGAGACCCAGAGUAAAGGCUAUACCUUCCAGAUGGAGAUGAUGGUGCGCGCCAGAGCUGCGGGGUACUCGGUUGGCGAGGUGCCGAUUAGUUUCGUCGAUAGGCUGUACGGAGAGAGUAAGCUCGGUGGUGAUGAGAUCGUGGAGUAUGCGAAGGGUGUGCUGGGUCUGUGGGUUAAGGUCUAGCGGUGGGGGUUGUUACGUGAUUUGUGUGGCUUGUUUUGUUUGCGAUCUUUCGUUGGUUUGGUAAUGGGGGGUAAAUAAUGCGUAUGGGUUGAACCGGAGUUUGUUCCUUCGUCGGUGAUGAUUCUCGAGAGGUGACAUGGCCGGACAAGAGUAAAGGC